CUUGUUCACCAUCUGGAGAACACCACCAAGAAUAUGCUGGCCAAGGUGCACGCUGGGCAAAAGGUGACUGCCCUGGACCUGGCAGUGCAGGACAUCCUGAAGAAGGAGCUGGGCCACCUGCCUCCGCACCUGGACCUCCUCUGCAGGAUGGCCCAGCUGUACCACACAGAGCUGCAGCACAUGGAGCACAUGGCCUCAGACGCCCUCAAGUCUGUGCAGGUCACCAAGGUGAAAUGGUCCGGGGCACCUCAGGGCCCUCUGCCACUCUCCAGAGCCCACAGACGGCACAACGCGCCCGCGCUGCUGAGUCUUCCUGCACUACAGAGCAAAAGCGCCAAACUGGAGGCCGCCAAGUCCCAGCAGGAGCAUGAGGCCAUGGUGAUGGAGAAGAUGGAGAAGGCCAAGGCUGCGGCACAGUGCUCCUGCCUCUGGGACAUCCCCGGCAGGCUCCUGGCGCAGCAGAAGUCCUCACUGGAGCAGGAUCAGUUCCUCCAUCAGUGCAUGGAGAAGGAGCAGACACUGCUGCUGGAGGAGGAGCUGCGGAGGAAGCUGGAGCAGGAGGUGGCUCGGCUGCAUCAAAUGUGAGCCCAGGUGAAGAAGAGCCAGGAGCUCCUGCUCGAGUUUGAGGACGCCCUGGACCACCUUGUCGCCCGUCUGCACGGCAUCCCCGUGCCUGGCCAGGACGAUUCUGCCAAGGCCAGCGGGGUGCAGGAGAAGAUCCAGCUCUGUCAGCAGAAGCUGCGGUACCUGGUGCAGCGCGUGGCCAGCUUGCUCCCUGACAUGCAGAGCCUCGAUGAGGACAACGAGACUUUCGUCAAGGUGAGACUGUACCUGGAGAAAUCAAUUGCGAACCAUCCACAGAACCUGAGGGUUAUCUUGGAGGACACAGGCAGUAGCAUGCAAGACCCCUUUGACUUUGGGGAGAAAGAUGAUGGCCUGGUCCCCAUGUGGGAAGGCAUCAAGAGGCAGGGGCUGCAGCUGAUUAAGAGGAUGAAGAGAAAGAAGAAGCAGUAG